AUGACUGGUGAUGCACCUCGGCGAAUAAUAUUGGACUUUGAAAAGGCAGCGAUAAAAGCAGCUCGGGAGGUUUUUCCUACAGCGUCUGUACAAGGGUGUGGCUUUCACCUUGCCCAAGCGUGGAACCGCAGCUGCAUUGCCCUUGGCCUCAAAAAAUACAUCCUUGGACCGGAAAGAGAUGAUCGCAUCGUGGGGUGGUGGGAAACUAUUAGAGGCACACCAUUCCUUCCCCGUGAGUUGAUACCGCGUGUGAGGGCUCUGCAAAGGCCUCCGGUGCACAGUAGGCAUAAAGCCUAUAAAGCAUGUCAAGAUUUCCUCAAUUACCUCCAAGCGACUUGGCUUCAAGGUGCAUUUAAGGACAUGUGGUGUAAAUGGAAUAUGGCAGAGCUGCGCACCACAAAUUUGGCUGAAGCGUUCCACAGACGACUCGGGGUCCUCAUACCUGUACACCAUCCACCAUUGAGUGUACUUAUCGACACUCUUCGGAAGCUCAAUUUCGAGACACGUGCUACUCUCAGACGCCUGCAGGAGGACCCAGCCCAUGCCAAAGUGCUGCGGAAAAGAGAUCUGGAGAGAAGAGCAAAAAUAGCCGAGGAAAUGAGAGAGUGGGUUUUCCAAGCACUGCAAGCAGCUAAUUGCUGUGCUCUGACAGAUCGACCCUAA